AUGGGAAUUCUCGCCACGUCGAUCACAAACGACUCCAUCAUUAGACCAGCCGGAUUUUACGUUAUUGGAUUUACGUAUUUAAAGUUUGCUAACUUAUAUUUAGUUUUCCUUGGCUUCAUUUAUAUUGUAACGGUCGUGUGCAACACAUUUAUCAUUUGCAUUGUAUGGAUAGACCAUCGCCUGCACACUCCAAAGUACAUUGCGGUGGCUAAUUUAGGGGUUGUCGACUUAGUGUCCAGUUCAUCCUUGAUUCCUCAUGCCAUUAAGACGUUUGACUCGAAAAAUACCCUUAUGUCCUACAACGAAUGUUUGACACAGAUGUUUUUUUAUUACGGGUCUCUUGCACUAGAGUCGUUUUCCCUCAGUGUACUUGCCUAUGACAGGUUAAUUGCGAUAUGCUUCCCACUGAGGCAUAGUGCUAUCAACACUCCAACAAGCAUGAUUAGUAUUUUAGCGAUUGUUUGGUUGUUUUGUUUUAGCGUCAUGGCGUUCCUGAUCUCGAUCCUGACCAAACUGUCUUUUUGUGAUUCACUGACUGUGUACAACUUUUUCUGUGAGUAUGCAGUCGUGUCUAGCCUGUCGUGCAAUGAUAACACACUGCAGUGGGCUGCUGCCUCUUCUCUGAGUAUGCUGAUUGCCUUUGGGCCACUUAGUUUCAUCGUCAUAUCAUACGUGUGUAUCCUGGCAGCUGUAUUCAGAAUGAAAAGUGUGGAGAGUAGGUACAAGGCACUUGCAACCUGCACAGAACAUCUGGUUCUUGUGGCAAUUUUCUAUGUGCCAAUCAUAACGCUGUACAUCAUUGAACUUUUCUUAUUCCUAGUCGAUCCAAAUGUGAAAAUGGUGAACUUGUCAUUGGCCACAUGCAUCCCAUCCUGUCUGAACCCCAUUGUGUAUUCCCUGGCAACCAAAAAUAUCAGGAGCAGAAUAUUGGCUAUGCUCCAGAAAGUAAAAGUAGCAGUGUUGGCAGGGCAGGUCUAG